AUGGAUCCAAGCAUGGCCUCUAUUCCGCAAUCACAACAAAGCAUUGAUCAUCAUAUGCAACAUCACACUCAAGGAAAUAUGAGUACACAACAACAGCCAUCACAAAUGGGAGGUGACGAAUUCGGUUACACAUUAUUAAAUUAUGAUACGCCUAAAAUUCCUCAUCUUCUCCAAACUGCUCAACUCGAUGUCAAACCAAUCCUCUCAUCAAAUAUAGGUAUUUUAGAAGGACUUUCAAAGCCAGCAACCAAUGCUCAAACCCUCUUGAAUUUAUCAUCAACCUCAUUGCCGACCUUGUUUCUGUGCGGAACAGAAAAUCAAACACCAAGCAUGAUCAAUGCACAGCAACAACCCAUGCUUCCAAAAAAUGGUUUGCUUUUUGGUAGAAUCGAUCCAUCGACCAAACAACCCCUCCCUCUCAAAUUACAAAAUAUUGAAGAACAUGUGAGAUAUAUUGAAUGGCUACCAAAAGAUCCGAGACGUAUUGUUGUAGCCAUGAAUGCAGAAUUGGGUAUUGUCGUUCUCAAUCCAGAAUUGGAUGAAAUUCAAGAAAUUGACACAUUUCCAAAAUUCCAUCAAGACACCAUUCGACAAUUUGCAAUUAAUCCAAUCAAUCAAUCUCUCGUCAUUAGUGGUGGAUUUGAUGAAAAAGUUUUUGUCACAGACAUUAGCAAGCUCGUUGAUGACAUUCAGAGUAAUCAAAUGAAAUCUGAAAAUUCCGUCUAUUUGUGUCAAGAUGUGGUCUCGAGUGUGAGAUUUCAUCCUUCGGAUUCGAAUGUUGCAAGUGCUACCACCGAUCAAGGUGUCUUACACGUCUUUGAUGUAAGAACUGGUAACACCUCAAAACCAGCAUUUGUGUACGAUACUGGAAAAAUUGAAUUAUUUACUCAUACCUAUUUGGAUGAUUUCACAGUUUGUUUGGGAUAUGGAGACGGUCAAAUUCAAGUCCAUGACAUUAGAACUGGAAGAUCUCUACUGAAUAUUGUAGAUAAGUGUUUGAGCGUGGUUGGAGAUUUCCAUUAUGAACCCAGCAAGAGAUUAUUGAUCUCACUCGGAAUGCCCAAGUUUUCCUUGUAUCAAGUGACAGCAUCUUCGUUUGAGGUACUUCAUGCAGCAUCUCCAACAUCCUAUCAGAACAAUACUACCAACCCAAUUGGACCUACUGUGACUCAUGGAACCUUUAUUCCACAAACUUCUCAAUUUUUGACCACAGAUAAUUUUGGAAUGAUUUCACUUUAUGAUUUGUAA